CCGCUGCUUCCCAGAGCGUACGCGCUGGAGGCAGCCGUCGUUGGGCGGCAGCGGGAAGUGAGCCCAACGCUGCGGACAGCCCCUGCCUGCCGGAGGGGGCAGCAGGACCCUGGAUCCCCGCCCGCCGCCGCCUUGAGGCCCGCGUGGCGGCUCAGCCCCUUCCCGCGCUCCUUCUGAAGCGCUUCUGGGUGGGCCUCUCCCCGCGGGGUGGAGGAGGCGGCCGGCAGGGGAGAGCUGGCGGGCCUUCCGCGGGCGGCCCGGCCGCAGGGAGGCAGCCCCGGCGGCGCGGCGCGGCGCGGAGCAGAGCAGAGCAGAGGAGGACCGGAGUGGGUGAUUUCAGCUGAUGCACUGUGACUGAUCAGUUUCCUCUAUUACAAAGGCGGUCAACCUUCCUGACUAGAAGCCAUAUACCAAAAUCUUCAUGUGUUUACAAGAUACAGACCACGUACCAGAGAGAGCAGAGCAGAAAGGAAACUGUGGGAGAGGCUCAUAGACCAGGUACCUCAGAACUGAAUGCUUCUCUAUACAGUGACCAUACAGGAUGAAGGAAAACCGAUCUUCUGUUUUUCAAAUACUUGAGUUUGUUCUUUGUGACAACAUGGUUUACUGUGAAAAGUGAAAGAAGAAUCUUUCUGCAUACUUUAAAGAUAGCUGGUAGGCAUAGCAAAAUGCUUGCUUUGAGGAAGAUUUGCUUGUUUACGCUGAGACAUUACCAAGCUCGGACUCUGAGUAGUGAUCUGCUUUUGAGCCAAAUAAAUAGCUGCACCCAUGAAGAUGAAGUGUUCAGCCUUGUUGGGAGUAACAAGGCCAGGCUUUCUGAAAAACAUGUAGGGCUUGCAUUGAACAUGCUGUGGCAAUUGCAAAAGAAGAGGCCGCUUCUCUUAAGGUCUAGUGACUAUAUAAGAAAUCACUCCCAGUUUCUUACCCUUUGCAUUUUAGCAGAAAACAAGGUGGAACACAUGGAAGAUGAGGCCAUAGUGGACACCCUGUAUAGUAUUCUGAGGCUCAAUAUUGAAGACCACAAUUCUCUAGGAGGACUGCUUGUUACAGAAGCAUGGAAAAGAUUAGAAAGGCUUAGUUUGCCAGCGCUGUCUAAAUUCGCACUGUGUUUAUACAAGCAACACAGGUAUUUCAGUCCCGUAAUUGGCAAAGUAGCUCAUAUUGUGGACAUGAAACUGGAUUCUAUACAGGAUAUAAGGAUCUUGUCAGUUUUGAUGAUCAGCAUAUCUGAUGUUAUCUCACAGAGUUUUCGAGAUCGAUUACUACACAAGGCUGGACAGCUCUUGGAAGAAAAAGAUGAAGUCCACUUCAACAAUGCCAAAAGAAUACUACAGUUUCUUCAAAAUGUUAAACUGAGAUAUCAUCCAUUGCUAGAAAAAUGCAACAAGAUUUUCCUUAAAAGUGCCUCCCAUCUUGACAUACACAGUAUUAGCCUUAUUUUUGGACUGUAUGAGCAGCUGGGUUUUGACAAUGCUGAAUUCUGCUUGGUUGCUAAACAGCUGCUGUCUGAAAAUAUAGAUGGUUAUUAUGAUCCUGAAUCCUUUGCAAAAUUAUUUUUUAUUCUUGGGCCUAUGGCAGGAUCCAAGGUAAGAGAAAGGUUGAUAGCAACUGCAGCACACAUGGCAGAAGAAUUUAGCAGUCACCAAGUAUUGGUAAUACUGAAGACGAUGCAGAAAAUGAAAUGCAGAAAUUCUCACCUACUCAAAAAAAUGGCUUUUGUUCUGCACAAACACUUGGAUAAUUAUCAUGUAUUACACUUGGUAAAGUUAACGCAGUACUUGGUGGUGUUGCGUUGCCAUAAUCUGGAGCUGUUUGCUAAACUAAAAAUGUUACUAUGUGGUUUUUUAAAAUCUAGUGUCAUACCUGCUGAUAUUGCUGCAAUAAUUCGUGUUCUGGCCAUGAUUCCUUCCUUUCCAGUGGAGGAAAUUGUUCUAAACAGAGCAGCAGCAGUUCUGGCUCAGUGCAGGUUCCAUCAUUUGAAUUGCAUUGCUACAGCUCUUGUCAAAUGGAAUCAUUAUGACCAGUUGCACUCGCAAAACAGUUCCGAGCUAUGUGUAAAGCUUCUGCAAAAACUAAAUGACUGUGGAUUUCAGAGGCUUCAGAAAGCCAACAACUUAAAUCUUCUGUUGGAAGAACUUACACAUGUGAAUAGAGAGUGGUUUCAAGAAGUCCUCGUCGAGGAAACUAUGGCCAUGUUUCAACACUUGAUAGAGCAGAUAACAUGGGCAAAUGUAUUUCAGUUGUCUUUUUUUCUCAUAAAAACAAACCACCGUUGUCCUUCAUUACUUGACAGAAUAGCUUCUGUGACUGUUGAAAACAUAGACAAGAUCCACCCUUUUGAAACCUAUUUUAUUCUCUUCCUUUUCUCUGCUCUGAAUUAUGACCCUCCUGCCAGUGAAGAGUUCUUUCAGAGUUGUAUCCAACAUCUUACUUCUGACUUGAGUUGUUUUGAAACUCACCACUUGGUGCUGCUUGGUCAUGUUUUGGCAGUGGCUGGGUAUUUUCCUCCAGCUCUGAUAACGAGGAUAUUUAAUGUUUCUUUCCUAAGCAAAUUGGAUGCUCAACUUGAAGUCCUGCCUGAGACCCUAAAGCAGAGGGUCCGCUCACGCCUCAUGAAAUUAAACAGAGCAGUCUGUCUGGAAUGCCCGGAGUUUAACAUUCCUUGGUUUCAUGAGCGCUACUGCCAACGUGUCUUUCAUAACAGCAGUAGCCGAAUAAAUCCACUGCGACAGCAUGUUCACAGAAUGCUGACAGAGAUCUUAGGAGGGAGCCAUUAUGCAAGAAUAUCUGUUCUCACACCAUACUACUAUGAAAUAGAUUUUGAGUGUAUUCUGGACAAAAAUAAAAAGCCUCUUUCCUAUAUAGCUCAGAAUAUACCUUGGGAUGAUGUGGAGGGAAUACACUUGAGAUAUGAUAUCAAGGAUGAAGGGAGAAAGGCUCUGCCACCAGGAGCUCAGAGAAUUGCUUUGGAAUUUCUUGAUUCAAAAGCUUUUAGCAAAGAUUCACAUCACCUGAAAGGAGAACCUGCAGUGAAAAAACGACACCUGGAAAUGCUGGGGUACCGGGUAGUUCAGAUUCCUCACUUCGAAUGGAAUUCUAUGGUUCUGUCAACGAAAGGUGAAAGGCUAGAAUAUCUGAGAAGGCAUCUCUAUGGAAUACAGUGAGUCGGACCUGCAGUCAAAAGUACAUUUUUUUACACUUUAUGUACCAUUAAACUUGUUGUAAUCCUGGAAUCUCAGUUUCAAAAAUCUCUUUGUGAGUCAGCUGGACCAAGGCUUGCCAUGGAGCAUCAGGUGUCAAGAGAUUUAAUCCUCAAUUUGUUAGGGAUUGCAAAAGGCAGCUCACAGUGGGCCAUGAUGUGAUAAGGAUGCUUAAAUUCUGCCUUUAUCUGGAAGAUAUUCUUCAAGUACAUGAAUCUGUGACAGUUUUGCCAUAAAAUUACAUUAUUAUAUCCUAAAAAAUUGUACAGAGCCUUAGCCAGACAUAAAACUGUCCCAAGAAAAAGUUGGAAAUACUCUUGACUGUGAGAGAAGAGGCAGCGGAUCUACUGGAAACUAUGUCUGUCCUCCAGCAUGUGACAGAAUGAGCAACAGCAAUCAAACAGGAUCUGUACUGUGAAAC